ACUGUCAAAAAUAUAAACAGCAGCAGCCGGAAGUCCAAGAAGUCUGUUAAAUCCUCUUAAAUCCUCUUAACGUCGUUUUUAUCCAUUUCCUCCACGUUAUUUUCCCCCUAACAGGAGAUCUGUUCUGUACCUUUGCAAUGGGCUCAAAGAUGAUAUCUUGUGCUAAGGAGUUGUACGAUGUUCUUCGGUCUCUUCAAGAAAAGGAAAGCAAUGAUCCGUGUACAUAUGAGGAGGACAUCCAAAUAUUAAAGAUGAAUGGAGACAGAAUCCCUGUGUUGAAUUUGUACUGUGGCAACCAGCCAGUCUUCAUCUGUGAAAAACUUGUUCCAAAAAUAAAUGAACCCGAUGAUCAAAAAAUGACUAAAACACCAAACUGCGCUGAGGAUAACACGGAUGACGAUGAUGAGGAUGCCAGUGCAGUCCAGAUAGAAUUGGGACCACAGCCGCUCACAGUCAUGAAAGCAAGGCAGUUGCUGUCUUGGUACACAUUAUCUCAAAAUGCUAAUGUGUCAGCUGUGGACAACAACCUUGUUUUACACCCUCUGUGGGUGCGAUGUGACAUGUCUGAUCCAUCUGGAACAACCUGGUUUGGAGCUGAAACAGUCUGCAUGGGCAAUAAAGUAUCUGGUGUUAAAUUAUACUCCGUAACCUGCAAAGGCUCAACUGUGGACAAAAAAUCUCUCGUAACUUUGGGCGAGCUUAAACAAGAGCACAAGAAAAGGCAUCACCCAUCCUCGAUGGCGAUUAAAGGCAGUGCCAGGUUCAACUUGUUUGGCUCCACUGUUGUUGAAAACACCACCAUUGAGUCACAGAGUAGUGUGACGGUGGAUUUUAAAUGGAGCCACGUGGAGAGUAUCCUUGAGACCCCACCCCUGUCCUCUACAGCAACACUGAAUAUCAAAGUUGCCAGUGGGGACAUGAGGAGCCCAAUGUUCGAGAUGUACAGGGAGCUAGAGUUUCUUCAGACUCUUGCCGAUGGUUUGAGAACUGGUGAGACUGAAUGGAUGGAACCUUUGGAAAGCACAUCAGCUGUAACGCUAACCAAGGCCUUGCUAGAAGAGCUUCAGAGCACUGCAAAGACACUACAAGAGCAGACUGCAAAACCAGCUGAGACCACAAAGAUGAAGUCUGAGACAGAGACUCAAAUUUUCAACUCUUUCAUGGAACGAGGGGAUUUGGAUUUUGUGGAGCAGCUGUGGGUUCGGAUGAGAAAGAGUGUGACUUCAUAUCAAGACAUCGGAGAUUGCUUGAAAUUGGUCACUGAAGCCCUAAGAUACGGUGACAUUAAACCCUGGAUUCACAGAGACAGCAGCAGCUCCCUCAGCAAGCUGAUCCUGCAGUCCUACCACCAGCAGAUCGAUCAUGUGUCUCUCACAGGUGUCACCCCUGUCCACAUGCUGUUAGAGAUGGGUCUGGACAAGAUGAGAAAGGAUUACAUUAACUACCUCAUUGGUGAAGAAUUGACAACUCUCAACCACUUGUGUUACUUCCUGAGCACAGAGGUUGAUCUGCAGGAGCAAGUGAUCCGACUCAGAAAACUGCACCAUCUGCUGGAAAUAAUUUUGACCUGCAGUACUUUCCUGGGUUUGCCUUACGACCGGCUCUUCCUUCUCACACAAUCAUGUUUGCAGCACUACAAAACAUACCCAUAUGAUGAGGAGCAUGAAUUUAAACUGCAAAUAAAACCUGCGCUGAUCAGCCAUUUCUACCAGAAAGAGCACCCAGCAGUGUGGGGGGUUGAGGUGUCCAGUGGCCACGGUCCUCGUGAGGUCAGGACAUCCUUACAGCUCAGUGACAGACCACUGGUUGAUCAUGUCAUCUUUGAAACAGAUUACCAAAAUGAAACCGUGAACGGAGACAGUGAGGAUCCUGCCUUCUUCUCCACCAUGGUGUACUGCAGUCUCGUCAGCUUUGCGUGAAUGUACACAGAGCAAAACUGAACAACAAGAGGGGUUUAUUGUCAUUUUUGUAUUCUACUAAAGUGUAUUCUGUUUAUAUACUGAUUUUCUGUCAAACGUUUUGAAUGAAUAACUUUCAGUCCUUUUGUAUGUAUCUUCUGUGACACUGUCAUAGGUUUUCUAAUCACAUCUUUAUUAUCACAUUUGCUGAAUUUCUUCUGUUCAGUGUAGCAGUUAAAGAGAUUUUUUUUUUUUAAAAGAGGCUUUUUUUUCUCCACACAACUCCCUGUUUUAACCAAAUGAAAACACAAUGUACAGUACAUCACAAGGGCUGUUUGCAAUGGUAAUAUUCCACAGCAAUAUUGUAAUAAUAAAAUCCAACAUGUUGCAGGGCUAUCCACACAGUCUGAGUGUCUGGUAUUAAAUUCAUUAUUAUUGCACAUCACCUAAUGAAGUCACUAAUUCUCUUGAAAUUCAGUUCAAAUAAUGUAUUUCUGUUCACACGUGAUCCA